AUCAUGGCCCUCCACCCCCGUAGAGUCCGGCUGAAGCCCUGGCUGGUUGCCCAAGUGGACAGUGGCCUAUACCCUGGGCUCAUCUGGCUACACAGGGACACCAAACGCUUUCAGAUUCCUUGGAAACAUGCCACUCGGCAUAGUCCCCAACAAGAGGAAGAAAAUACCAUUUUCAAGGCCUGGGCUGUGGAGACAGGAAAGUACCAAGAAGGGGUGGAUGACCCUGACCCUGCUAAAUGGAAGGCCCAGCUCCGCUGUGCACUCAACAAGAGCAGGGAGUUCAACCUGAUGUAUGAUGGUACCAAGGAGGUGCCUAUGAACCCAGUGAAGAUAUAUCAAGUGUGUGACAUCCCCCAGCCUCAGGGUUCGAUCAUUAACCCAGGAUCCACAGGGUCUGCUCCCUGGGAUGAGAAGGAUAAUGAUGUAGAUGAAGAUGAUGACGAAGAUGAACUGGACCAAUCGCAGCACCAUGUUCCCAUCCAGGACACCUUCCCCUUCCUGAACAUUAAUGGCUCUCCCAUGGCACCAGCCAGCGUGGGCAAUUGCAGUGUAGGUAACUGCAGUGUGGGCAACUGCAGCCCUGAAGCAGUGUGGCCUAAAACGGAACCUCUGGAGAUGGAAGUACCCCAGGCACCUAUACAGCCCUUCUAUAGCUCUCCAGAGCUAUGGAUCAGCUCUCUCCCAAUGACUGACCUGGACAUCAAGUUUCAGUACCGGGGGAAGGAGUAUGGGCAGACCAUGACUGUGAGCAACCCUCAGGGCUGCCGGCUUUUCUAUGGGGACCUGGGCCCCAUGCCUGACCAGGAAGAGCUCUUUGGUCCCGUCAGCCUGGAACAGGUCAAAUUCCCAGGACCAGAGCAUAUUACCAAUGAGAAGCAGAAGCUUUUCACUAGCAAGCUACUGGAUGUCAUGGACAGAGGACUGAUCCUGGAGGUCAGCGGUCAUGCCAUAUAUGCUAUCAGGCUGUGCCAGUGCAAGGUGUACUGGUCUGGGCCAUGUGCUCCAUCGCUUGUUGCUCCCAACCUGAUUGAAAGACAAAAGAAGGUCAAGCUAUUUUGCCUGGAAACAUUCCUUAGCGAUCUUAUUGCCCACCAGAAAGGACAGAUAGAGAAGCAACCACCUUUUGAGAUCUACUUAUGCUUUGGGGAAGAAUGGCCAGAUGGGAAACCCUUGGAAAGAAAACUCAUCUUGGUUCAGGUUGUUCCGGUGGUGGCUCGGAUGAUCUAUGAGAUGUUUUCUGGUGAUUUCACACGAUCUUUUGACAGUGGCAGUGUCCGCCUGCAAAUCUCAACUCCAGACAUCAAAGACAACAUUGUUGCUCAGCUGAAGCAGCUGUACCGCAUCCUGCAAACCCAGGAAAGCUGGCAGCCCAUGCAAUCCACCCCAAGCAUGCAGCUCCCCACUGCCCUGUCAGCUCAGUGACCAUGAAUACCAUCUUUUCUUUUUUAAAAAAUAUUGUAUAUAUGGAUGUUUUUUAUUAUUCAGAUUUGACCAGCUUUUAAAUCCCUCCUCUCUAAUACUAUUAGUAGUCUGUGACUCAUUCAAAAUGUGCCUAGUUUAAAAAAAAAAAAAAAAAGAGAGAGAUGUAAUUUAUGGAAAAAUCACCCUUCAGACUUUCUUCUUUUUCAAACCUGCUGAUGGUAGUAUAACGUGGUAGAGGGAGAUCUGGUCUGGGAGUUGGAUACAGGGUUUUAACUGCAGCUUUGUUUUCCAUACUGUGACCUUGAAUGAGUUAUUUAACCUUUGUCUUCAGUUUCAUCACUUGUAAAGUGCAGGGGUUGGAAUGAUGCCAGAAAUUACAUCCAACUUUAUAAAACUCGGAUUUGGUGAUGUCAUUCUACUUCUACAAGGCAUAACUGCCUGGAACAGAACUCUUCUGCAUUGUUCUUUUACCACAU